AUGAAGACAUCUCAGCUUUUGACUCUGGCGGUUGCGACGUUUGGGCUUACGACAGGAGCGGUGGCUCAACGAAACCGUGGGGGAAACGACCAAGGCGCAGCAGCAACGACGACCGCAGACGCCGCUGCCGCUUCCGCAGCCGGAAACGGAGGCGCGAACAAUGGGAACAACAAUGCAGGCGGCAACACAGGCGCCAAUGCCGGCGGAAAUACAGGAGCCAACGCAGGCGGGAAUGACGGAGGCAAUGACGGCAAUGGAGGCGGUAAUGGCGGUCUAACCCUGCUGGAUUCGAAUGUCCAGGCUGCCAGCAACUUCGUUGGCAACCCCAACGCGGAGCAAGCGAACUCCGAGACUGACCCCGAAAACUUCAUCAACUUCUGCACCGGCAAGACGCUGACGAAUGGAACGCAAGUCACCGGUGGCUCUUGCAACGGAGUCGUCAUGGGUGAUAUCCCCUCUAACAACAACAUGAUCUCGUCAAUCGUCCUCUUCCCGGGCCCUGGGGAGGAUAUAGCAGCCAACCAAGAUUUCAACAUCCAAGUGCAGCUCACCAACCUGGUCGCUGGGUCCUUUACUGACCCUCUCACCACCUACUAUGCCGCUCCUCAGCAACUGCAAGGUGGCAAUGUCGUUGGUCACUGCCACGUCACUGUUCAGGAUCUCGGCAACGAUCUGGCCCCGACACAGCCUCCCGACGCGAAGACCUUUGCUUUCUUCAAGGGUAUCAACGACGAUGGAAACGGCCAAGGUCUCCUCCAGGCUACAGUGACAGGUGGUCUCCCUGCUGGCUUCUACCGUAUCUGCACCAUGAACUCUGCUUCCAACCAUCAGCCUGUGCUCAUGCCCGUUGCUCAACGUGGUGCUCAAGAUGACUGCCAGAAAUUCACUGUCGGUCAAGGCAACGGCAAUGCUGGUGGCAACGCCGGCGGUAAUGCCGGCGGUAAUGCUGGCGGUAACGCUGGUGGCAAUGCUGGUGGCAAUGCCGGUGCCGGUGGUAACACUGGUGGCAACACCGGCAACACUGGCAACACUGGCGGUACUCGGGGCAACGCUGGCGGCGCCGCUGACACUUCCUCCACUUCCGCCGCAGCUGCAGCAACCACGACGGCCGCCAGCGGUGCCGGUGGCGGCAACAACGGCGCCGGAGCCGGAGCUGCUACGACUUCUGCUGCCGCGGCCGCAGCCACAGACACAACCGCUGCAGACGGCUCAACGACCGGUGGACGCUUUGGUGGCCGGGGCGGCCGAGGCCGCUUCGGUCGUGGACGAGGACGCUUUGCUGCUCGCGACUACGUUGCCUGA